CUGAAAAAAUAAUAAAAGCACUUCCCACAAAAGCUAGAAUCAAAUAAAUAAAAAACAAAAUUUUCAUUCAAUUCUACUUGUAAAUUUUCUCUGAAGUUUCAAUACACAUUUUUCAGUACAAAAUAUCCCUUCAUUAGAUCAUUCCAAACAUUUUUUUAGCCAAAACAUUAGAUUAUAUGUGAUGAUAUUGUGACUUAGUUACGCAAAAUUUGAUUAUAACUUUUGGCCACCAUGAGGGGUGUAUGUGCAACGUUUUUAAUAAUUUUGAUGGCAACACAGAUGAGUUUUUCAUGUUUUGUAUCAUCAGCUGUUGCUGAAGAUGACAUUAAGUGCCUGGAAGGUGUCAAGAAUUCACUUAAAGAUCCCCAGGGGAAGCUGAGUUCAUGGAGUUUUGCAAACUCAUCAAUUGGUUUCAUAUGCAAGUUUGUUGGAGUUUCAUGUUGGAAUGACAGAGAAAAUCGGAUACUAAACCUGGAGCUUCGAGAAAUGAAACUGUCAGGACAAUUUCCUGAGUCUUUAAAGUACUGUCAAAGCAUGCAAAAGUUGGAUCUUUCAGCUAAUGAUUUGUCUGGUACAAUUCCUGCUCAAAUUUGUACAUGGUUACCUUAUAUUGUCACUCUUGAUCUUUCAAAUAAUGAUCUUUCGGGCUCUAUUCCCCCUGAUCUUGGAAACUGUACUUAUUUGAACAGUUUGAUUCUUUCAAAUAAUCAUCUUUCAGGAAGUAUACCGUAUGAGUUGUCUAAGUUAGGUAGGCUUAAGAAAUUUUCUGUAGCUGAUAAUGAACUUUCAGGAACUGUUCCUUCUAAUUUUGAGGCAUUUGAUAAGGGUGAUUUUGAGGGAAAUAAUGGACUUUGUGGGGGGCCUUUAGAUAAGUGUGGUAAGUUGAGUAAGAAGAAUCUUGCAAUUAUAAUUGCUGCUGGUGUGUUUGGUGCUGCAGCCUCUUUGUUGUUAGGCUUUGGGCUGUGGUGGUGGUACCAUUUGAGAUGUGUUAGGAGAACGAAGAGGAGGCAUGGAUUUGGAAGAGAUGAUGAUAGUCGGUGGGCUGAGAAAUUGAGUGCUCAUAAGCUUGUUCAAGUUUCAUUGUUUCAGAAACCACUUGUCAAGGUUAAAUUAGCUGAUUUAAUGGCAGCUACAAACAAUUUCAGUGCUGAAAAUAUUAUAAUUUCAACAAGGACAGGGACUACUUAUAAGGCCAUGCUUCCUGAUGGUUCUGUGCUUGCAGUGAAGCGUCUGAACACUUGUAAACUCGGGGAGAAGCAUUUUUGUUCGGAGAUGAAUCGAUUAGGACAGCUGAGGCAUCCAAAUCUGGCACCUCUUCUGGGGUUUUGUAUUGCAGAAGAUGAGAAGCUCUUGGUUUAUAAGUACAUGUCUAAUGGAACUUUGCAUUCAUUGUUGCACAGAACUGGUACUGAAAUGGAUUGGCCAACCAGAUUAAAGAUCGGUUUGGGGGCAGCUAGAGGUCUAGCUUGGCUUCACCAUGGAUGCCAGCCCCCAAACCUGCAUCAGAACAUAUGCUCAAAUGUGAUUCUUGUCGAUGAGGACUUUGAUGCACGAAUAAUGGAUAUUGGAUUGGCUAAGCUAAUGACAUCCUCAGAUGAGAGCAGUUUUGUCAAUGGGGAUCUGGGUGAAUUAGGCUACAUAGCUCCAGAGCUUCCUACCACUUUGGUGGCUUCCCUGAAAGGGGAUGUAUAUGGACUUGGGGUUGUGCUUCUGGAGUUGGUUACCAGGCAAAAACCACUCCAAGUUAGUACAGCUGAGGAAGGAUCUAAGCUCAGCUUAGUGGAUUGGGUCACACAGAUGUCUACAUCAGGUGGAAUCAAGGAUGCUGUUGACAAGGCCAUCUGUGGAAAGGGAUAUGAUGAGGAAAUUAGGCAGUUUCUGAAUAUUGCUUGUAGUUGUGUGGUUUCUAGGCCUAAGGACAGAUUGUCUAUGUACCAGGCUUACCAAUCAUUGAACAGCAUAGCUGAGAAAUAUGUUUCCUCACACAGGUAUGAUGAAUUUCCACUCAUUUUUGUCGGGCAAGAUACUGAUACAACAUGAAGAAGCAUUUUGUCAUGCAGAAGGCUGUUGUAUAUUCCUUAUUUGUUAUAUAUAUAGCUGUAUGAUACAAUGAACUGAUCAAACUAUAGGUUCUUGAAUGCUAAGUAAUCUAUUUUUCUC